ACGAUAGGAGGAUAUUUUUCUCCCAGCACAAAAUAGCAUAGCCAUAAGGCAACAAGGCAUGGCAAAGGAUCGUAUCAUCGUCAUCCGAGACCCAUUGCUUUCUCUCUCUCUCCUCGUGCUUUCAUUACUGGGGUGGGGGUGGAGUGGACCAGUGGAGUGGAGAAAUGACAAAUCCAGGCCCGCAGGCAGCCCCACCCACCAAAUCGGCCGAGCAGGGUGCCCAAAUCAGGAAGGAUUUUAAGGUUAACCGGCUGCCACCGCCCACCGCCGGUGACCCCAGUCUCUCUUCUAUCUAUAUAUUACCCGCCUCCUUUUCUCCUCUCUCUCCGCCCCACCCUCCUUCCUCAGCUCCGUUGCGCACCGCCACCGCCGGCCGGCCAGCCGCCGGAGCACCGAAAGACCCCCGUUCUUUCCUGUAAAAAAAAACCCGCCGCCUUUAGCUAGCUAACCGGUCGUCCUCUUCACCCCCUAGCUUUGCUAGCUCUAGCUAGGAACGAAAGAAAUUAAAGGAUAACUGAGAUUGCUGAUUGGUGGUCCGGGUACGGUGUUCUUGAGUCGUGAAGCGACAGUACAGUGGCUAGGGUCGUGCCGCCCCUGCAGUCUCCGGGGUUGCGUGCAGGAUGGUCGUCAGGGAUCGGGAGUGAGGAGGCAUCAGCUCUCGCGGUCGUGGAGCCUAAAUGUACCGCAACAACGACUCGGCACUCUCCUGCUUCUACCUCUUCCUCCUCUGGUUCUUCUUCUUGAAGUAGACACCACCAGUUCGCCAGGUAGUUAGCAGCCCAGUUGCGACUGGGGAUCGGUGGCGGGCUGCCGCUUGCGAGUUGUAAGCUUGGAGGGGAGGGGAGCAGGAGCAGGAGAUGCAGUUGGAUCUGAACGUGGCCGAGGCGCCGCCGCCGGUGGAGAUGGAGGCGAGCGACUCGGGGUCGUCGGUGCUGAACGCGUCGGAAGCGGCGUCGGCGGGCGGCGCGCCCGCGCCGGCGGAGGAGGGAUCUAGCUCAACGCCGGCCGUGCUGGAGUUCAGCAUCCUCAUCCGGAGCGAUAGCGACGCGGCCGGCGCGGACGAGGACGAGGACGCCACGCCAUCGCCUCCUCCUCGCCACCGCCACCAGCACCAGCAGCAGCUCGUGACCCGCGAGCUGUUCCCGGCCGGCGCCGGUCCGCCGGCCCCGACGCCGCGGCAUUGGGCCGAGCUCGGCUUCUUCCGCGCCGACCUGCAGCAGCAACAGGCGCCGGGCCCCAGGAUCGUGCCGCACCCACACGCCGCGCCGCCGCCGGCCAAGAAGAGCCGCCGCGGCCCGCGCUCCCGCAGCUCGCAGUACCGCGGCGUCACCUUCUACCGCCGCACAGGCCGCUGGGAGUCCCACAUCUGGGAUUGCGGCAAGCAGGUGUACCUAGGUGGAUUCGACACCGCUCACGCCGCUGCAAGGGCGUACGACCGGGCGGCGAUCAAGUUCCGCGGCGUCGACGCCGACAUCAACUUCAACCUCAGCGACUACGAGGACGACAUGAAGCAGAUGGGGAGCCUGUCCAAGGAGGAGUUCGUGCACGUCCUGCGCCGUCAGAGCACCGGCUUCUCGAGAGGCAGCUCCAGGUACAGAGGCGUCACCCUGCACAAGUGCGGCCGCUGGGAGGCGCGCAUGGGGCAGUUCCUCGGCAAGAAGUACAUAUACCUUGGGCUAUUCGACAGCGAAGUAGAGGCUGCAAGAGCCUACGACAAGGCCGCCAUCAAAUGCAAUGGCAGAGAGGCCGUGACGAACUUCGAGCCGAGCACGUAUCACGGGGAGCUGCCGACUGAAGUUGCUGAUGUCGAUCUGAACCUGAGCAUAUCUCAGCCGAGCCCCCAAAGAGACAAGAACAGCUGCCUAGGUCUGCAGCUCCACCACGGACCAUUCGAGGGCUCCGAACUGAAGAAAACCAAGAUCGACGAUGCUCCCUCUGAGCUACCGGGCCGCCCUCGUCAGCUGUCUCCUCUCGUGGCUGAGCAUCCGCCGGCCUGGCCUGCGCAGCCGCCUCACCCCUUCUUCGUCUUCACAAACCAUGAGAUGAGUGCAUCAGGAGAUCUCCACAGGAGGCCUGCAGGGGCUGUUCCCAGCUGGGCAUGGCAGGUGGCAGCAGCAGCUCCUCCUCCUGCCGCCCUGCCGUCGUCCGCUGCAGCAUCAUCAGGAUUCUCCAACACCGCCACGACAGCUGCCACCACCGCCCCAUCGGCCUCCUCCCUCCGGUACUGCCCGCCGCCGCCGCCGCCGUCGAGCCAUCACCAUCCCCGCUGAGAGAAUCAAGAAGCCGCACUGUAAAUCUGCCGGGAAGCUAGCAUUUUCCCCCCGGCCCCUCCCCCUCUCCGGGCGUUGCGACUUUUUCAGUUUUGCGCCGCCGGCCGGGGUGGUGGUUUCUUGUAGCCGAUCGAUUGGAUUCCUCGUAUUACUGCUGCUUACACUCCCAAUUAAGUGAAAAAAAAACGCUCCUCUACUCUUUACACUACACACACUGUUAGCUGAUCGAUUGGACGUACUUGCUAGCUGCUGUUGCUGCUGCUAGCUUGAGAUUGACUAACUUCAGCACUUGGAUUGAUCUAUAUCUAUAUGACUAUAUAGACGACACAUUGUGUACGUGUAGAUAAUA